UUACCGCACCGCAGUAUCUAGAUUGGCCGUAUCAACACCAAUGCACUAACCUUUUGACGCUUUAUCCGAUCGCUUUUACAUGAAACUUCUUCCAUCAGACAAUUCAAAACUCAACCUCAUCCUUCCUUUUGCAAAAUGUCGCGUCAACCACCGCUUCCGAAUGGCCUUCCUCCUCGACCUUCCGCAUCGUUUUGGGAUAGAGAUAGAGAUGAAAGAAAUUAUAACCACAAUACACCUGAAAGGAAUCGUCGCGACAUGGGAGAUUCUUAUCACCCGCGUCCUUCACAAUACGACAGUUAUGUACCCCACACUGCAAACCGCGAUCGCGAAAUAUUUCAAUUUAAUGGCCGCAAUCCUCCUCCACCAGGCUAUGGAAAUUAUGCUCCUGGUGUUCAACCUCCUCGUCGUCCUGCCGGAACUAGUGAUCCUUAUCGUAUGAAUGAUGGAUAUCGCCCUCCUCCCCCUGCCCCCAGCUUUGAUUUCCGUUACGAUGCACCACAAUCCAUUGAUUUCGAGCAUGCCGAUAGAUUUCAAUCUCGCGCCCAGGGCCGCAACAAUUAUUCUGGCGGUAAUAGAGAUCAGAAUGAAGAUCAUCUUCGUCGUCGACGCGAAAAAGAUCGACGCGACAUUCAUCGUGGUCGUGGUGGCUACCGUGGUCGAGGUGGUCCAAGAUUGGCAUCAGACCGAGUUUUCUUGAAAGGAAAACGCUCGCCUACACCUGAACUCAUGCCAGGUAUGAAUGAAGAUGCUACUACUGAUGUUAAAUAUAGAGAUGUUCGCGACUUAUCCGACAGUGAUGAAGCUGAAAUGGACAUGUCGGAUGACGAUGACAAUAACGAUCAACCUAAGAAGAAGAUGCCCCGUACUGGUGUAAAAACUGCAGAUGCUGACAGUGUGCCAAAAUGGUCGAACCCCGAUCCUUACACGGCCCUUCCACCACCAGGCGAAUCUGACCGGAAGAAGAAGGAUGUCGUUAAGCUUAUUCGAAAGGCACGUGUUACAUCAGGUCAAGAAGGCCCUACCAAAAUUGAUGCCGCUCAAGAUGACUUUAUCUCUUUUGAUCUUGGUGCUCCCGAAACUAUUGAUAGUGAAGAAGAUGAAUACGAACCGCGGGUCUUUGAUCAGUCCGAACCCGGCUCAGCUACAUCAUUCAGUCACCUUGAAAACAUUCGAAAGUUUGACACGCCACAGCAACCACAGAGCCACGCCAGUGAGACCAGAGAAGUUGCCACUCAACCAACGAGCGUCAACAGCGUGCCCAUGGAUGUGAUCCAAACUCCGAAGAGAGCAUCCAAACCCUUGGAUCUAUCAACCGACCCCGCUUUAGGUAGCAGGAAGCGUACCGCUAGCGAUGUGAUUAAGCCUCCACCACUUGUGAAUAAGCUCAUCCCUGGUAAGCCUCCCAGAUCCAGUGGCGUCCUUCUUUCAGAGUGGCGUGUUAAGCCAGGUAUGGACGACGCUCCUUGGCUCCAGGACCAUUCUGAUACGUCUAAUAUGGGAUUUUGGUGAGUGAUACAUCUCGUGAACGCCAUCUCAAAGCUAAUACUACUUCUAGGUUACAUAAAGAAAUCAUGGACUUUUACCAUUAUGUCAAACCUCGCAAGUUUGAAGAAGUGAUUCGACGGAGGUUGCUUGUUAAUUUGAGGGAGAAUUUUCGCAAAUACUAUCAUGAUGCUGAUAUACUGGCUUUCGGCUCUUUUCCCGCAGGCCUCUAUCUUCCUACUGCUGACAUGGAUGUCGUCAUGGUCUCAAACCAGUAUAUGGAUGGCGGAUAUCCAAAAUACAACAGCAAAAGUCACAUCUGGCGUGUUAAAGGGAAUGUUGAAAAAGACCGCCUCAAUACUGGUAGAAUUGAGGUGAUCGUCGGUGCUAAAGUGCCUCUUGCAAAAUGGGUGGAUGGCUUUACCGGGCUGAAGGUUGAUAUGUCGUUUGAAAAUGACACAGGGCUAAUUGCAAACAAGACUUUCCAAGAGUGGAAGGCUCAAUUCCCUGCAAUGCCCAUAUUAGUUACCAUUGUCAAACAUUUAUUGGCAAUGAGGGGCCUGAAUGAGCCGGUCAAUGGUGGCAUUGGAGGGUUUUCUGUUACCUGUCUCGUCGUAAGUCUUCUACAGAACAUGCCACAGGUCAAGAGUAAAACUAUGAUACCAGAACACCAUCUUGGUGAGGUCUUGAUGGAGUUUCUCGACCUUUAUGGUAACGAGUUUAAUACUCGCACCACUGCUAUUUCGACGAAACCUCCUAAACUUUUUCCAAAGGUGAGUACUUUUCUCCAUCGAUUGUGCUCUGAGACUAAUCCAUUACCAGUCUUCGGCUCGUGACCUCUAUAGAGAUUUCGAUAAGCCGAAGUUUUCUAUAAUCGACCCAAACAAUUCCAGCAAUGACAUUGCAGGUGGUUCAAAAAACACUCCUGCGAUUCAAGAUUGCUUUUCUGCUGCCUUUUCUGCUUUGCUGCAGAGCAUGAACGCAUUGCAAAACGCUGACCUUGAGACUCGCCGAAAUCAAAGUCUUCUUCGAUGUAUUAUUGGUGGAAACUACGAAUCUUUCAAGCUUCAAAGAGACCACCUUGCCCACCUACAUGAACAGCUGAUUGGUCCAAUUGAAGAUGAGUAGUCUAUGAAUUCACGCGAUAUUUAGGGCUAGAGCCAUGUAACACCUAAUUCAUUUCUCAGUACAUUCCGCGUCGCUGAGUAUGCAGUACAUAGGGGGUGGUUAUUUUAUUAUCAAAGGCGUAUGGAUAAAGUCGAUCAAGAUACCCAUUUGGCGUUCAAUGGACGGAGAGUCAUUGACUUGUAAAAUAGCUUCGCAGAUUCCUUCUUUCCUUGCUUUUUCAUUUUAGUCUUGGGAAUCUUGAGUUGCGGUGGUUUCGAUGAUUGUCUUAACUGACCUCAACCUAGAUGAUCGACACGAGUCAGAGUCAAUGCCAUCGAUCUUCAAUGACAAACAGACCAGGCGCUAUCGAUCAGUCCAAACAUGAUACGCAUACAUUACAUUGAGCGCAAAUACAAAUUCU